AUGAAGGAUCGUACAGAAAAGGACGGGUCCAGUUCCGAAGAGGGCGAUGACGAUGAAGAGGACGAGGACGAGGCCCGGGACGUAGUCAGCGCCGUCCACGAGACGUCGUCCGGCGGCUCGGACGAGGACCAACCCGUCGAGGCCGAGCCCGACAAGGAGGACCGCGAGUGCGAGGGGCGGGCGGCUGAGCUCGGGGUAGGGGAUCACGACCUCCAGCCCCAGGCGUCAGAUGAUGUGGCGCCCGACGAGGAGGUUUGUGAGGAGGUUGCCGAGGCCGAGGAUGGCGGCGAGCAGCGAGACCACAAGAAGGACGACGACGACGACGACGCGGUGUUUGCGACCUUCGUGACAGCCUGCUCCCUAGACCAGGACGACGACGAGAGCGUGGCGGCAUCUGGCGGUGGCGAGACCAGCACUUGGUCUCCCUUUGUGGCGGUGUGCGAGGGCAGCGACGUGAGCUCGGACAUCACCUCCCAGGACGAGGACGUGUCCGAGCACCACGGCCCGGCGGCGGACAGCCUGGCAGCGGCGGCGAGCCCCGUCUGCAGCGUGGUGGACAGCGCGUCGGACAGCUGCCCGGACAGCCCGCAGCACGACCCCACCGUCACGCACAUCACCCUGUUCAGCGUGCCUGACGACCUGCCCCCCGGCGACUCGGCGCCACCCUGCGCCGCCCCGCGUCCGGGCCGCCCCAAGAGCGCCUCUCGUCGGCGGCAGCCCGCCGCCGCGCCGACCUCGCCGUCGGCCUCUUCUACGGAGUGCGAGAGCAACGCGCCGGGGAGCUCCUCGGAGGACGAGACCGCGAACGAGGCUUCCCGCGGCGUCUCCGUCGUGCCAGAAGCCGCGCCCACGCCCGCCCCUCCCGCAGCCCCGACCCCGGCGCCGAGGAGGGCGGCCACUACUUUGCCCAGGGUGGUGGCGGCCCGCCCAGCAACUAUCCUUCAAUGGUGA